GGGAAUUAAUCUGUUUUUUAGCAUUAAUCUGGGAAUAGACUCUACAAUCUCUCACUAGUCACUACCAUAACUUAAUAGUCGUUUGAUUCAUCAAUGGCGGAUACGCAAGGAAAAGUCAUCACCUGUAAAGCGGCGGUGGCCUGGGAACCCAAUAAACCUCUUUCUAUUGAAGAUGUGGAGGUUGCGCCGCCGCAAGCUGGUGAAGUUCGAAUCAAAAUCCUUUUUACUGCUCUUUGUCAUACUGAUGCUUACACUUGGAGUGGCAAGGACCCUGAAGGUUUCUUCCCAUGCAUCCUUGGUCAUGAAGCUGCAGGAAUUGUGGAGAGUGUCGGUGAAGGUGUAACAGAAGUGAAACCCGGAGACCAUAUUAUUCCAUGCUAUCAAGCAGAGUGCCGAGAGUGCAAAUUCUGCAAGUCAGGGAAGACAAACCUCUGUGGAAAAGUGCGGGCAGCAACUGGAGUUGGAGUUAUGAUGAAUGACCGGCAGACUCGUUUUUCAGUUAACGGGAAACCUAUUUAUCACUUCAUGGGAACUUCAACUUUUAGUCAAUACACAGUGGUACAUGAUGUUAGUGUUGCAAAAAUCGAUCCACAAGCUCCUUUGGACAAAGUUUGCCUUCUUGGUUGUGGUGUACCGACUGGUCUGGGAGCUGUCUGGAAUACUGCGAAAGUGGAGCCUGGGUCCAAUGUUGCUAUUUUUGGUCUCGGAACUGUAGGCCUUGCUGUUGCAGAGGGUGCUAAAACUGCUGGUGCUUCCCGAAUCAUUGGUAUCGAUAUUGACUCCAAGAAGUUUGAUGUAGCUAAGAAUUUUGGAGUGACGGAAUUUGUGAACCCAAAGGAUCAUGACAAACCCAUACAACAAGUUAUUGUGGAUCUCACUGAUGGAGGAGUUGACUACAGUUUUGAGUGCAUCGGAAAUGUUUCUGUGAUGAGGGCAGCUCUGGAGUGUUGCCAUAAAGGUUGGGGAACAUCUGUUAUUGCGGGCGUUGCAGCUUCUGGUCAGGAGAUUUCUACUCGUCCAUUCCAACUCGUGACUGGUCGUGUCUGGAAGGGAACGGCUUUUGGUGGUUUCAAGAGCCGAUCUCAAGUACCUUGGCUCGUCGAGAAGUACAUGAAAAAGGAGGUUAAGGUUGAUGAGUACAUAACUCAUAACUUGGGUCUUGUGGACAUCAAUAAGGCUUUCGAUUUGAUGCAUGAAGGUGGUUGCCUCCGCUGCGUGUUGUCUAUGCAUGAAUAAAUCGACAAAUAAAUCGUCAUAAUUUAAGGCGUGGCUAUGUUUAGUCUAUGAUAUUUUUCUUUCGUAGCUAUCAUUGAUUUGUCGAGUGUGGCAACAGGAAACUGAGGAAAAUGAUCUUGUCUGUGUGUUGAACCUUUUUGAGUUGUCUUUGAAUCUUAUUAAGCUAAUACGUCAUGCGGUGAAAUAUCGGCCAAGAUCACAAUGUAUCCUUUGAAGUUUGAACCGAUCUAAGAUACAAUUUUCAUAUACCUUUAUGAUAUGGGUAGCAUCAAUACGAUAGAUUUGAAAACUUUUACAAAUCGAUAUACAAUGUGCAGUACGGGUUUCUUUUUGCUGUUUGCCCUUUUGAAA